GGGCUAGUGAGGAGUGCCAGGCCGCCGAAGUGCCUGGCCCUGCCAGCGCCGCCGCUGCCCACCGGAGGGAGGCCCGCACCGGGCGCGCACGCUCGGCCCAACCCCGGCGCGCCCCGCGCCCCUGCCUGCUGACAGCUGCCUCUGGGCUGGAGCAGUCCUGUCCGCUCCGGGCUCCGCGGCCUCGGCUCCUUUGCACGCUGCCGCUGUCCCCUCUGCGUCCACCCCUCCUUCCCGAGUGCCGAUCAUUUCGCAACUGCUCGCCGCUCGCCCCGUGCCCGGCUGUUUUUCCGUUUCCCGGGCCCCUCUUCUUGAGUACUUUGCCCCCUACAUUUGGGGAGAGGGGCUAGAAAAGGGGCGGGUGGCGCGUCCUGAGGAGGAGGAAGCGUGGCCAGCAGGAGUAGGAGGCUCGGCGGACGGUGGGGAGGAGACCCCACACCACCCUUGCUGGUCAUCUCCCCUCCCGCCCCACCCCUGCGCACACUCCCUCGCGGGCGAGCUACUUUCGGACCAGGAAAGUGAGGGCGGCACUGGGUGACAGUGCCGCGGGGCCAGUCCCGGGGUUGGUCGCGCGUCUGCUCGCUUCUCGUCGGUCGCGCUCCCAGCCAGGGCACAGCCCGGACCGAGGAUGGCUUCGACCACAACCUGCACCAGGUUCACGGACGAGUAUCAGCUUUUCGAGGAGCUCGGAAAGGGGGCAUUCUCAGUGGUGAGAAGAUGCAUGAAAAUCUCUACUGGACAAGAAUAUGCUGCCAAAAUUAUCAACACCAAAAAGCUUUCGGCUAGGGAUCAUCAGAAACUGGAAAGGGAAGCUAGAAUCUGCCGUCUGUUGAAGCACCCUAAUAUUGUACGACUUCAUGACAGCAUAUCAGAAGAGGGUUUUCAUUACCUGGUGUUUGAUUUAGUUACUGGAGGGGAACUGUUUGAAGACAUAGUGGCAAGAGAGUAUUACAGUGAAGCUGAUGCCAGUCAUUGCAUUCAGCAGAUCCUGGAGGCUGUGCUACACUGCCAUCAGAUGGGCGUAGUCCAUCGGGACCUGAAGCCUGAGAAUUUGCUUUUAGCUAGCAAAUCCAAGGGAGCAGCUGUGAAAUUGGCAGACUUUGGCUUAGCCAUAGAAGUUCAAGGAGACCAGCAGGCUUGGUUUGGUUUUGCCGGCACACCAGGAUAUCUUUCUCCAGAAGUUUUACGUAAAGAUCCUUAUGGAAAGCCAGUGGAUAUGUGGGCAUGUGGUGUCAUUCUCUAUAUCCUUCUGGUGGGGUAUCCACCUUUCUGGGAUGAAGACCAGCACAGACUCUAUCAGCAAAUCAAGGCUGGGGCCUACGAUUUUCCAUCACCAGAAUGGGACACAGUGACUCCUGAAGCCAAAGACCUCAUCAAUAAAAUGCUUACUAUCAACCCUGCCAAACGUAUCACAGCCUCAGAGGCACUGAAACACCCAUGGAUCUGUCAACGCUCUACCGUUGCUUCCAUGAUGCACAGACAGGAGACUGUAGACUGCUUGAAGAAAUUUAAUGCUAGAAGAAAACUAAAGGGUGCCAUCUUGACAACUAUGCUGGCCACGAGGAAUUUUUCAGCAGCCAAGAGUUUGUUGAAGAAACCAGAUGGCGUGAAGAUAAACAACAAAGCCAACGUGGUAACCAGCCCCAAAGAAAAUAUUCCUACCCCGGCGCUGGAGCCCCAAACUACUGUAAUCCACAACCCUGAUGGAAACAAGGAGUCAACUGAGAGUUCAAAUACAACGAUUGAGGAUGAAGAUGUGAAAGCACGAAAGCAGGAGAUUAUCAAAGUCACUGAACAAUUGAUUGAAGCCAUCAACAAUGGGGACUUUGAGGCUUACACAAAAAUCUGUGACCCAGGCCUUACUGCUUUUGAACCUGAAGCUUUGGGUAAUUUAGUGGAAGGGAUGGACUUUCACCGAUUCUACUUUGAAAAUGCUUUGUCCAAAAGCAAUAAACCAAUCCACACUAUCAUCCUGAACCCUCACGUACACCUGGUAGGGGACGAUGCUGCCUGCAUAGCAUACAUUAGGCUCACGCAGUACAUGGAUGGCAGCGGAAUGCCAAAGACAAUGCAGUCGGAAGAGACCCGCGUGUGGCACCGCCGGGACGGAAAGUGGCAGAAUGUUCAUUUUCAUCGCUCGGGGUCGCCAACAGUACCCAUCAAGCCACCCUGUAUUCCAAAUGGGAAAGACAACUUCUCAGGAGGCACCUCUUUGUGGCAAAACAUCUAAGGCCUGAAAACCAUUCACAUACGGGUCUUCUAAAUAUCAACAGUGCCACUUCUGCGUUCUUUGUUCUCAAGGCCCCUGGAAGGUGACCCGGGGCCGUCCUCUCCUCCUCUUCAUGCAUGUUUCUGAGUGCAUGAAGUUGUGAAGGUCCUACCUGGAAUGCAUAUGUGAUGCAUCAUCUUAUCAUCUGUUCCUUCCUAUACAUUGUUUACACUUCAACUCUGGGGAUGUUCCAUGCAAUUAAACUACUGUUGGCAAACAAUAGGGGGAGGUCAGACAAAAAAUUCCACAAUAUUCCUAGUACAACUAUUCAUCAAGUUUCUCUGUUUAUGCCAAGACUUAACAGACUUAAAAACUAUUGUUUUCUGAAUGACAGUUUGUAAGAGAAAUGUAAAUUUUUUAGAACUCUUUGCUGUUAAUCUGUUUUGGCUUGUUUGUUUAAAAAAAAAAAAAAGAAAGAAAGAAAAAGGCCAAAAAAAUAUAUAUCUUCAGUUUCCUGGUGUGAUCCUGGUAGAAAUGGGUGAUUCUUGGUUGAAAGCUUUGCUGUCUAACAGUUAAAUUGGGAUGCUAUGUGGGCAAAAUCCCCUAUGAAUGUAUAAGCAAGAAUCAGUUGGUUUGCCAGAUAGCAUCUAAAGCCAUGCUGUUUUUGGUCAAACUAUGUAAACAGGAAAAAUUCACCUUAUUUACAAGUUUGAUCACUUAGGAUAUACUCACACUGUUUUGGUGAAUUUUCUGCAUUGAGUAUCGUUUUCUUUCUCAGAUCUGUGUUCUGUUUCCUUUAUAUCCUAUUUCUUUGUUGCUUUUGUUUGCUUCCUAUUUUAUUUUUCUUUUGUCCCAUUCUUUUCUUAUUUUUCCAUUUUUCUUUUUUUUUUUGGACAAAAAUAUGAAAAGUGAAAUUAGCGUAAUGAAGGUAAAAUAAAAAUCAAGGCCUUUGGGGAGUAGCUAAACUAGCACUUUUAAUUAUCUUUAGGGCCACAAAAAUCUUGUCAAGAUGGUCAAGGCUUUUAAUGCUGCGGAGGCUCUAGUUUGGACUUGUGUGUCCUAAUUAGGAUGGAGGUAGUGGAACUAUUUAAACUUAGUGGUGAAAGCAAAUACCCUAAGCAGUACUCCUGUAAUCGCAAUUGAUGGGAACAGUUGCCAGGGCAUGCUGAGUUGGUAGGAGCAGGGUUUGGGGCAAUGCACUGAAUCCCGCCUUGUGACCGCUCCACUCCUCCCUCCGCCCCCCACCAUCACUAGCUGCUUUUCUAAAGUUAGAGAAGCUAUGAAUGUUUUCCAUCCUCAUAAGUGUUUUGAACUUGAUCUUUGUGACUUGUGCUUUUUUAGCUUCUGUCUUGAGUCACAGUAUCAUUAUCUUCCUCUGAGGAGUUAGGAUUUUCCAGUUUAAAACAAAAAAGAAAAGGGAACUGUCCUGGGUUUUCUUUGUGCUCUCAUUUCUUUGUCGAUUGAAUUCCCAUGAGGCUUUUUUCCCUCCCUGAGAUGCUUUAUAGUGCAUGGAACCCCCAUCAGCGUUAUUUUAAUGAUAGUAAUUCACAGUUUUCAGAAGCCUAUUUUUAAAGCGGAAGCAAAAAAGAAAACAAUACAAAGCAACCCUCCCUCUUCUCUCUCCUACCACCUUGCUGUGUUGCUUACUGAUCACCUUAGAUGUUACCGCUAGUGGAUGUAUGAUAGAUGGGUUGAAGCUUUUCUGAUAAUUAUUACACAAUUUAAAACAAUAUAUAUUUAAAAUAAAUAUAUACAGUAAAUUUAUUGAGCCAUGUUAACCUGCCAAUGAGAUCUGUGAAAAAGUAAUGGCCUCAUUUUUCCCUUUUUAAUUUCUUUUACCUUUUUGUGAAGCGGCUAUACGUGGCAUACAUGUAUUUUAAAAUAAGUAGGUCUAGAGUGGUUUCUUUCCUUUUUUUUUUUUUUUUUAGCACAUUGAACUUAGCAUGUGGUGUUGAAGUAUUACUGUAGAUCAAGUUUGUCUUCCGCACUAAGAUGUGAGGAAAUUGUGAUUAGUUCUCUCCACCACAGUUGAAUUACACCUUUAUUAUCUUAUAUCAUUUUGAAACACUGCAGUUUACCAUGGGACACUGUAUAUAUUUCUUGCCAUAAUGGUAAAUGACUGAUUGAUAUAUUUAAGAGUUAAUAAAUUUGUGAUUUCUGCUGA